AUGCCUAUCAUUGCUGUAGCUGGAGGCGCGGGUAAGUUGGGCCGUGCCAUUGUUGAAGCAAUCGUUGAAAAUGGCCAGCACGAAGUUGUGAUCCUGGCUCGAGAAGCUAAAGAUGUCGGAGCAAUCAGGGCCAUCGCCGUCGACUACACUGAUGUUGGCGGACUUACUACUGCGCUUGAGUCUAACAAGAUCGAGAUUGUCAUAUCUACCAUCAAUGCUUUGCACGACGUCUCGGCUGAGCUGAAUUUGAUCCAAGCCGCUGAAAAGUCGGCAUCUACAAAAAGAUACAUCCCUAGUAUCUGGGGCAUCAAAUACACCCCCGAGGUUGCCUCGUAUUUUCCUAUUGCUCAGGCUAAACUCAACCUCAUUGCCGCGUUGGAAGCUACCUCGACCCUCGAGUACACCACUGUGAUUAACGGCUACUUUGCUGACGGCUGGGUCGCCCCCAAGGUCAAGUCCUACCAAGACCCCCUGCCUCUGGUGGUCGAUAUUCAGAACCAGGUCGCCGCUAUCCCUGGAUCUGGCAGCGAGCUCGUGGUUUUCACUCACACCUUUGACAUCGCACGCUUUGUCGCUCUACUUGUCGGUGCGCCGAAGUGGGACAAGGAAUCUUAUAUUAUUGGAGACAAGGUAUCAUGGAACCAAUUCGUGCAGUACGCCGAGGAAGCAAGGGGCGUCAAGUUUACCAUUAAGAACGACUCGAUCGAAGACCUCAAGCAGGGAAAAAUCACGGAACUGCCUUCUCACCCUCAUUUGUAUCCAUUCUUCCCCAAGGAGAUGCUUCAGGGUCUGUUUGCUGCCUUUGGGCGCAUGUUUGUUGAAGGGGUGUUUGACCUCAAGCCUGAGCACACGCUCAAUGAGGCGUUCCCUGAGGUGAAGGCGCGAAAGAUUAAGGAUCUUUUGUUCGAAGCUUGGGGCCAGUAA